AUGUCUUCUUUCUCUACCUCUCACCAUACCCUAAAAUCCAACGACGGUCGUGAAGUAUUGAUUUCCACUCGUGCUAUUCAACAGUUGACAACUCUCAACAAUUCUACUGAAACUUAUAUUCAUUUUCCCAAUAUCAACGGAGCAACUCUUCAACUUAUUGCGGAGUGGUUUGAGACGCAGGAGGACACUCAGAAAUUUAUCGAUUUUUCGGAAAAGAUCAAAGGAUUGGAUGUCUAUGAUUUAUUGAUUGCUGCCAACUCGAUGGGUGUCAAGUCUCUUAUCGAUUACUUAUUCAAUUUUAUGAUCAAGAAAGCAGUUGUCGUUUCUGAAGUCGUUUCUGGAAAGAUGAAAACCGAUGAAGACAAGGAUGCUAUCGAGAGAGCUAUUCACGAAUCAAUCAAUAAUGAUAAUCAGUUUUCUGUUGAUAUUAUUUGA